CCGUUUUCAGAUAUUAACUGGUACUCUAGGCAACUUAAAAGGAAAAGUUAUUUUUUUCAAAAACCAAAUAAUUUUUUUAUUUCCUGUUUGAGAGCUUGAUUAUUCGAAGUUGUUAACUUAGUAAAUAAGCACCAACUUUUUAACAUCCUCUAUUCUCCUUCAGUUGCAAAUAUGAUAAUUUAAUAUUUAGCGUCAGCGCUUUUGAUACUUUGACAAAGCAGUCUAGUGUAAGAAAAUCUAAGAGUUUAGACCAGCAUUCCUUAUCAAGCUGCACUUCAGCAUUUCGUACGCUUUUAACCCUAUGGCCGGCAACUUUUGGACUUCUUCACACUGUAAUCUUUGGCUGCUUGAACCAAGUGAACUAAGUUACUUGGAGAAGACAACCUUUCAAAUCUUAACAAAGAAGGAACAGGAAUUUUAUAAAAUUUUUAUAGCCGACAUUGCUUUAUUACUGGGAAAACGUCUAAAUCUGCGCCAACAGAUUAUUGCUACUGCCACAGUUUACAGUAGGCGCUUUUACCUUAAAAAUAAUCUUGAUUCUUGCAGCCCUUUACUUUUAGUUCCCACAGCUUUAUAUUUAGCUUGCAAAAUAGAGGAGUAUGGAGUACUCUCUCUGCGAAAUUUAGUUUCUGUUGUUCAAAAUCUUGCCAGGACGGAAUUUUCCUAUCUAUACUUAGACUAUUGCAUUCUUACCACUCAACACAUUCUUGACUGUGAAUUCUACCUUCUUGAAGAACUUAACUGUCAUCUCAUUGUUUACCAUCCCUACCGACUACUCUGUUUCUAUUGCGAAAGUCUUAAAGUGAAAGAAGUGAUUGAGAUUUCUUGGUACAUAGUCAACGAUACGUACCGUUCGGACAUAUUUUUAAAUUACCCACCGCACAUGAUAGCCUUGACGGCAAUUUACUUGUCUUGCAUUCUUGUGGGCUCCAUCGAUAAAGAGGAAGUGAGAGAGAGAUUUUCAGACCUGUCCAUCGAGUUUGAAAAGGUUUUAAUAAUUUCAAGGAAGUUACUUGAACUUUAUGAGCUUUGGAAUUCCUAUGACAAAAAGAGAAUUAAGGAAGUUAUGUGUAAAGUUUUGAGACCGGUUGUAGAAGAUAUACAAGAAAAACAGUCUUGAAAGCCGUAAAUGGCUAUUUUGUA